GUCAGCUGCUAGGAAGCUGCGAUGUGUUGUGAUUAGGCUAGUUUAAUGGCCAUCGCCGACUGUAAUUAAGGUGUUGUUACGAUCAGUUUGCUACAUUUGUUACGUUUGUUACUGACUAAACAUCACUGGCGAAUACGACCGUGUAAAAUGAAGCCCUUAAUCUUCCCUGUGGCUUGCGUUCUGGUUUGUUUUGCCCUUCUUGCUCCAGUGACAGCGAAGAACUCAGAAGAUAUUCGCUGUAAAUGCAUCUGUCCACCAUACAAAGACAUAGAGGGACAAAUCUACAAACAAAAUGUUUCUCUUAAAGACUGUAAUUGCCUCCAUGUAGUUGAACCCAUGCCUGUUGAUGGCAAAGAUGUGGAGGCCUAUUGUCUUCGGUGUGAGUGUAAAUAUGAAGAAAGGAGCUCUGGAACUAUAAAGUUUACUAUUAUUAUGUACCUGUCUAUAUUGGGCUUUCUGCUUCUCUACAUGGUAUACCUGACUCUUUUGGAGCCCAUGUUGAAGAGAAGGCUUUUUGGACAUUCUCAGCUUAUUCAGAGUGAAGAUGAUGUUGGGGACCAGCAGCCUUUUGCCAAGCACAAUGUUUUGUCCCGCUCACACUCAAGGCCAAACAUGUUGAACAAAGUGGAGCAUGCUCAGCAGCGCUGGAGGAGGCAGGUUCAGGAGCAGAGGAAAUCUGUGUUUGACCGCCACGUUGUCCUGAGUUAAAGUUAUGAGUUAAAACUAUGAAAAACACUGUGACAGAGCCCUCCAUUCAUAUCUGUACCGUUUGUGACUCCAGAGGUGAAGGAAAAUAUAAGUGCAGGGGUCAACAGUGGUGCUGAGCAAAUGUAAUAUGUAACGGGUUUACAGAAUUCUUAAGCAUUUUCCCUGUUUUACUGUUGCACAUUAAAAUUGAGCAGGUUUUGAUUUCAUUUGCAAAAGCAGAGGAUAAUUUCUUCUUUCCAAUGUACAAGUGUGCCAAUCUAACUUGAAACUUCAGUCUAAAUCUCAAUUUAAAAGUCUCAAUCUAAUGUUACAUGAUCACUAUUUGCAGUUUGAGGUCAGGCUUUGUUGAAAUCAUAACACAAAUGCUGUCAAAUAAAUGACCUGAGUGUGAAAUGUCCACAUGUUGAUUAGUGCCAAACAACAUGACUGGAUAAAUGGACCAAUCCACCAACUGCUGCAGUGGGCAGUUUGUUGGGAAUUUAAAGUAGAGGAAUGAUGGAACUAUAACAAGAGGAUGUUUUAAUAACUCAUAUGAAUGGUUCACCACCUCAUCUCUUUUCCUCUAGCAUUUUCUUAUUAAGUAUUUCCCUGUAAGUCUGCAUUGUAUGUCCUGUCUUGGUACAUUUUGGUGAACUGCCAUGUUUUUAUGGUUACUGUGGUUAAGUAAUAUAACUCUAAAAGUCUAGAAAAGUGUUUAAAAAUGGAAGCCUGUGUUUACUGAUAACUUAUACUUUACAAUUUGUAAAACAGUAGUAACCCUGCAACGAUUUGGUGUGAUUUAUACUAAAUGGUUUGCUGUCUCCUUGAUCCUAGAAUAACAUUAUUUGAGAAGACUUUGCAUUUCUUAGUCAUUUUCUUGAUGAACACUGUACUGAACUGGAAGGAUUGUGCUGACAGUGUUGAGAUAUAUUAUUUUGUGUUUAAUUAGCUUUCAAAGACUCUGUUAAUUGUCUAAAUGACAACAGUGGCAUGACAUUGUAAAUUCAUUGAAGAACUAUAACUACAGCUGUUGGAAUCAGAAUCAUGACUGUGUUGUUAUCUAUUGUUGUAUAGCUUUUGAUUUCAAUAUUAAACAUGUAAAUUGUU